AUGUGGUCCUCAAGAGAAGCAUGGACAAAGCGCCAACAGGCGAGAGAGUGGCAGCAAAGCCCGGGAUGCAACACAGGCAAGACCCUUAUGGGCAGCGGUGUAGAAACCUGGUCGGUAGAGCUCCUGAAGCUAAGCAGACCAAAAAUAAGGGCUGUUGUGGAAAUCGUUUCCGGCCACAACAAUCUGAACAAGCACAGAUACGUGAUAGGAAAGACGACAUCUCCACGAUGUGAAAGAUGCGAGGAGGAGAUUGAAGACUCCCAGCACUUUUUGUGCAAAUGUGUAGCACUAGCGAGGACCAGAUUCGCGGUGUUUGGGCAGACGGAGAUCCAUCCGGAGCAGAAUUUAUUAAAUAUAAAUAUAACCUGCAGACCGCCAAAAUAUUACCUAAAAGAUAUUAAAGAAAUACUUAAUAUGAAUGCAGACCCCCCUGUACUACAUUGCGAAGAGCAUAAUUUAAUAAAUAUAAAAUGGAACAAAGAAGAAAGUUUAAGAUAUUUUUUGGAAGUUUAUGACGUAGAAAAACGCCACAAGACCUAUUCCGAUAUGGUAAAAUGUAAUAAUUACACCAUAACAAAUCUGACAGCAGAUUCUGAAUACCACAUAAGAUUAUGGAGCAUUUCAAAUGAAACAAUUUUUUCAUACAGCAAAAUAUUAAACGUUAAAACCCCAAUGAAAGAUUUUUCAAAAAAUACUGUUGAAAAAAUAGGAUUAAAAAAUCUUAAUCUUAUAAACUCGUCAUAUCAAGCUGUAAUACAUUGGAACACUACUAAAGAAAAAAAUUGUUAUUUUGAUGUUGUCUGGUUUGAAAAUGAAUAUUUGGAAGAUUUAGGUGACUACAAACAAAUUGAAUUAAAAAAGCCAUAUUCACUCCAUGAAUUAAAAUUAGACCAACUAAAAAUGGGCAACACAUAUUCUCUAGCUAUAAUGACUACAUCUGAAACUUCUCACAUAGAAAGUGUUAAAUCAUGGUUUAAUUUUACCACACCAAACUGUCUAGAAAGCUUUAAGUCACUAAAUAUGUGUGAACCAAAUACCCCAUUAAAUAUGACUUUACAAGAAGCUAUUGUGGAAUUUAACAAUAAUAUUCCAGUUUAUAAUGUAAAAAUAAAUUGGGAAACACCUGAAUAUUACCCUGAAUAUUACCUUGUUCAACUAAUAACUUUUAAUAUGAACUCCACUGUUACAACUCUGAACAUAACAGGGACAGCAACAGAAGCAAUAUUUCUGAACACAGACCUGGGUUCAAACUACCAGGUUUCACUGACAGCCUGGUCGAAAGCCGGUUCAAGCCGACCAGCUUUUCAACACAAAAUAGUGGACGCAAAUAAAAUCUUAAUUACAAAGGCCCAAACAAACGUUAAAUUGAUAUUGGCUAUCGUUUUUCCAAUUGUUGCCAUUUUAAGUAGUUUUAUUUUGUAUUUGUUUAUUAGUAAAAAGUAUAUGGGGAAAGAUAAAAAGGAGAUGAGGUGCGAAUAUUUCAAGGAAGCUGACCAGAGUAUGCCAGAACCCAAUGAGGAAAAUCAUUUUGAUGAAUGGGAGUUGGACUAUAAAAAGUUACUAUUUCAAAAAGUAUUGGGUGAAGGAGCUUUUGGUAUAGUCAAAAGAGCUUUUUACGAAGAAGACAAUGAAGUACAAAAAGAUGUUGCAAUUAAAAUGCUUAAAGAUUCCCCCACUCAAGCAGAGUUAAGAGAAUUUUACCAAGAAAUGGAAAUAAUGAAAAUGGUAGGGUCACACCCUCAUCUAGUUUCCAUGAUUGGUUGCAUCACAAAAAAUACAAACCAAGGGCCUCUAUUAAUUGUAGAAUAUUGUGCUAAAGGUGAUUUGCAAAGUUUUUUGAGAAACAUUUGGGAGAAAAUAACCAACCAGUCUACAAGAUAUGUUAAUUUACCAGAAAGCCAGAUGCAUUGCAAUAAUAGGCUUUAUGAUUUUGAUAGAACUCUACAGGAUGAUUUUAAUCUACAAUCUACUGAUAUUAUUUCAUAUGCUCGACAAGUUUCAAUGGGAAUGGAAUAUCUCUCAAGUUUGAGAGUUUUGCAUCGAGAUUUGGCAGCUAGGAACGUUUUAGUCUGCGAGGACGGUCGUACGGUAAAAAUUUCCGAUUUUGGACUAAGUAGGGACGUUUAUCAGGAUGACGUUUAUUGUAAAAGUGGAGCGGGUAAAUUACCCAUACGAUGGAUGGCUUUGGAAAGCGUUACCCAUCAAAGAUACACCACCCAGAGUGACGUAUGGUCUUUCGGAGUGUUGCUAUGGGAGAUUGUAACUCUAGGUGGGAAUCCAUAUCCUGGUGUUAAUAACCAGGACGUUUUGUUUUUGUUGAAGCAAGGAUACAGGAUGUCAAAGCCGGUGAACUGCAGUGAAGAAUUAUACGCUAUUAUGGCCGAAUGUUGGUAUGAAUCUCCAAACGACAGACCAACUUUUGCAGAUUUAUCAAACAAAUUGGAAAAUUUGUUGGAAAAAAAAUCGGAAUAUUUAAGUUUGGAUGCAAAUAUGGAAGACACUGCUAUAAUUGUUUGUUCACAAGGAUAUCUUAAACCCAUUGAUAAACAAUGAAUAUUUAAAAAAUAAUUUAUUUAAUUAAGUAUUAUUUAUUAUCCCUGCUAAAAGUAGCUGUUACAAUUGUUGAGUUUAAACUCCUAUCAAUAUAAAUCUGUGUUUUUGGGUUCAAGAAAAACUCUAUUCAAUAGAAUCUUGUUGUUCUAUGAAAUGUUUUUCUUGGACAAAAUAUAUUGAUAGGAUUUUUGUUUAUACAGCUAAUUAAGGCAUAUAAAACUGUAAAUAGCGUUAG